GUGCACAACCCCAUCCCAACGGUGAAGCGUGGAGAGCUUCACUCACCUCCACGCUUCACCGUUGUUGCAUUUAGUCAAAAAGAAACAUUGAAUAGUGAAACCAGGUUGUAUAUGCAUGCCACAGGAACCUUUUUCGCAGAUUUCCACAACAGUUUGGAGGUAGAAGUAUCUGAAGCCAGCGCAUAAUAUAUGCACACUUCCACUGUGCAAUGAUUGGUUCACAAAUACUUUCCGAGGUAAGAACGGAUGUCAAAGAUUCACUUUGAAGAAACAGCUCCGUCUUGAAAAACAACAACCUUUGAAGAUGGACGCUGCAGAGCAGACUGAGAAGUGUGCAGACGGGCCACGGUUGCCUGCGUCGUCCUGCCUGUCCAUGAAAAGCAACGACUCCAUGAACAUUCGUCAUGACUUCACUAAAGAGGCUGAUCACUCAGUUUACUUUCCUGCUUCGUCCUGUGCGUCCAUGAAAAGUGACGACUCCAUGAACAUUCGUCAGGACUUCACCAAGAAAGAUGCCGAGAGCAGUCCACUUCGUUUGGAGAAAUCAAAUUCUCCUGCUUCAUCCUGUGCGUCCAUGAAAAGCAACGACUCCAUGAACAUUCGUCAGGACUUGAGCAAGGAAAACUCUGAGAGGGACCAACACGACUGUCCUGUCUUGAUGGAUGGACAUGCUAUAUUUCAGUUGGUGGAAGCACACAGCAAGAAGAUUUUGCUGAGCGAGCUUAAAAGGUAUGAAAAGAUGCUGUUUCCACGUCCAUCACAAUGUUGUGAGAGUGAAGAUGUCACUACUGACGGGGUCACUACUCACGAUGUGACCGGUGCCAGUGAGGGUGUUCUGAAGAUCACAUUGCAUGUCUUAAAGGAAAUGGGCCAUAUAGGGCUCGCUAACCACCUGGAGAAACACAUUUACGGUGAGCUUGAUGUCUGCCAGCGCAAACUCCGACACAAAUUGAAGAAGUUUGAAUACAUUAACGAGGGAGCGGCACAGCACGGGACCCGGACGCUUCUCAACAAGGUGUACACUGAGCUCUACAUCACAGAGGGAGUCAGUGGGGCCGUUAAUAAUGAACAUGAGGUCAGGCAGAUCGAGGCCGCCAACAGGAGACGAGUAACGGAAGACAAGCCAAUCAAGGUGGAAGACCUCUUCCAGCCUCUGCUCGGACAAGACUGCUUCAUCAGAACCGUUCUGACCAAAGGAAUCUCUGGCAUUGGGAAAACCAUCUCCGUGCAGAAGUUUAAUCUGGAAUGGGCGGAGGAAAGAGUUAACCAGGAUAUCCAACUCCUAAUUAAUCUUCCAUUUCGGGAGCUGAAUCUGAUGUUGGAGAAACGUCUCACGCUGACGCAGCUUCUUCAUCACUUCCUCGCAGAAGCAAAAGAAUCGGGAGUUUCAAAUUUUGACAAAUACAAGGUGCUACUGAUAUUUGACGGGUUGGACGAGUGCCGGCUUCCGCUGAACUUUGACCACAACGCGCCGUGCCGCAGUGCCUCCGAGCCGGCUUCAGUGGAUGAACUUCUGACAAACCUCAUCCGGGGCAACCUGCUGCCCUCUGCACACAUCUGGAUUACCUCCAGGCCCGCAGCUACAACACUCAUUCCAGUUGCUCUCGUCAACCGCGUGACAGAGAUACGAGGGUUCAACGACCCCCAGAAGGAGGAGUACUUCCGGAAGAAGAUCACUGAUCAAAACAUGGCCGGUAGAGUCAUCUCUCACGUUAAGUCCACCAGGAGCCUCCACAUCAUGUGUCACAUACCAGUGUUCAGCUGGAUAUCUGCCACCGUUCUGCAGAGAAUGUUACAGGAUCAGGUCUCAGGAGAAAUGCCGAAGACUCUGACUCAAAUGUACACCAACUUCCUGAUUUACAACUCGUUGACCAGAACUCGAAAGUAUUCGGCAGAACAAGAGGAAGCCCAGGAGAAAAUGGAUGAAGAGAAGAUCUUGAAGCUUGGAAAACUGGCCUUUGAGCACCUGAUGAAAGGCAACAUGAUCUUCUAUGGGAAUGAACUGACUGAGUACAACAUCAACGUUGCUGAUGCUGCAAUAUAUUCAGGCGUGUUCACACAGACCUCUGAGAAUGACUUCGGGUUUCAUCUGGAGAGGGUCUACUGCUUUGUGCAUCUCAGCAUUCAGGAGUUUUUUGCCGCAAUGUACAUUUUUCACACAUUUGUCUGCUUCAAUCAGAACCUGCUGGACCCACAGGACACCGCCACUGUCCAAGAGGCUCCCAGUGACGCGACUGACCUUCUCAAGAGCGCAGUGGACAAGGCUCUGCAGAGCGACAACGGACACCUGGAUCUUUUUCUGCGUUUCCUUCUGGGCCUCUCGCAGACGUCCAAUCAGAGGUUGUUGCAGAGUGUUCUGAUCACGAUGCGGAGCAGUUCACAGAGAAACGAGGAAAUCGUCGAGCACAUCAAGGAGAAGAUCAGGCAGAACCUGUCCCCGGAAAGAUGCAUCAAUCUCUUCCACUGCCUCAGUGAGCUGAACGAUCAAUCUCUCGUGGAGGAAAUGCAGAAGUACCUGAGCUCCGGUUGUUUGUCAGACACCCAGCUAUCCCCGUCACAGUGGUCCGCUCUGGUCUUUGUGUUGCUGACCUCAAAGGAAGAGUUGGAAGAGUUUGACUUGAGGAAAUAUUCAAGAUCAGAGGAAGGUCUUCGGAGGCUGUUACCAGUGAUCAAAGAAUCCAGAGUUGUCUUACUUAAAGAAUGCAACCUCACAGAGAAAUGCUGCCAAGCGCUUGGAGCCGUUCUAAGCAAUUCAUGUGUGAAAGAGUUGGACCUAAGUGAUAAUGAGCUCCAAGACGCAGGAGUCCAGCUGCUGUCUGCUGGACUGGCGAGUCCAACAUGUCAGCUGGAAAAACUGAGGCUGCCGUUCUGUGGAAUCACAGAGAUUGGCUGCGGCUAUUUGGCUACAGCUCUGAAAACCAACCCCGUCUACCUGAAGGAGCUGGACCUGAGCUACAAUCAUCCAGGACGAGCGGGGGAGGAGAUGUUGACCUGCUUACAGAAGGACCUUGAACACCUCACUGUCAGCUUGACUGGCAAUGCGGAGUGCUACUUAAAAUCAGCUCUGAAGAAAUACGCAUGUGAGCUCACUUUGGAUGUGAAUACUGCCCAUUCACACUUGUCUUUGUCUGAAAACAACAAAAAAAUGACGCGACUGGAAACGGAUCAGCCGUAUCCCGACAGCCCGGAGAGAUUCACAGACUGGGGGCAAGUUCUUAGUAAAGAGGGUCUGUCUGCGCGUUGCUACUGGGAGCUGGAGUGGACCGGGGAGUGGACCGGUAUAGGAGUGGCUUAUAAAGGGAUCAGCAGGAAAGCAAAAGGGAACGAUUGCGUCAUGGGCUACAACGAUCAUUCAUGGAGUCUGCGCUACUGUCACGGCAAAUACACAGUCUGGUACAAUAAGAGUGACUCGUACAUAUCGGCGCCAUACUUCAACUCCAAAAGGCUCGGCGUGUUCCUGGACUGGUCAGCUGGCACUCUGUCCUUCUACGCUGUGUCAGCAAACACCAUGACGCAUCUGCAUACGUUCCACGCUGACUUCUCUGAGCCACUGUAUCCAGGCUUCAGGCUGGGCUUUCCAGGUUCUUCAUUAAGUCUAUGCCAGCCAGAAUACCCCUAAUCAUCCACUAAAUAUGUUCAUAAAACGUGUGCAUGGUGUUCCUAUCAUUAGUUUUCUAAUAAAAGAAUAGUCAACACAUGGGACAACCUCUGGGUCUUGCAUUCUCUCUAUUGGCCAGCAGGGGGCGACUCCCCUGGUUUUCCCUUCUUUUUUUUUUAUUGCAAGUUUUGAGUCUUCAUUACAGCAUGAUGCUCAUUUUGUAAAUGAUGCUCGCAUUUAAAGUAAAAUGGACAAAGUAGUGUCUUCUGGGUGUGAGUGACAGCUCGCUACCUCAGUGUUGUCCGGACUAUGUGCUCUGUGUGUUUCCAUCUUAACAACUUUAACACGUUCAGUGUGUGUGUGUGUGUGUGUGAUUUUGAAACAAUUGACUUUCAAGGAAAUACACACCAAAUAAAAUUCUCA